AUGUUCAAACAUUCUCCUUACAUUAUUCACUAUUUCGGAGCUAAUGUCUCUUUUGAAGAUAACGUCAAUCUUUACAAUUUAUUGCUCGAGUAUGCUUCUGGAGGCAGCCUUGCCGAUCGUCUUCGAAAUUACAAUUCACUGUUGGAAGUUGAAGUUAGGAAACACACGAAGAAUGUUCUUUUAGGGCUGAGUUGCAUUCACAACAAUGGAAUUAUUCACUGCGACAUCAAACCUGGCAAUAUUCUCCUUGUGGGCAGGGACAAAACUACCAAGAUCGCUGAUUUUGGGCUUUUCGUGACAUUAGAACAGGGCAUGAACCAAAAACAGGGACUUAUAAGGGGAACAGUAAGGACACCACAGUGGGAAGACGCAGAUGGUGAUGAUAUGUUGAACAAAAUCGAGUUUGCAGAACCAAAGUUUUAG